AUGAAAACCCCAAAAAGUUUACUGAAGAAUAUUCAGGAUAACUUGAAGGAAGCGAGUGUAGAGAGUAUACUAUGGUGUAUAAAUUUAACACCGCGAAUUGCAGGAUUUUCUAUCACAUCUCGAAGGAUAUCUGGCAUACAAGUCAAUACUGAAAUCAACAAGCUUGUCUGUCGUGUCAUCAUACUUUCACAAGAUGCUAUAAUGUCUGUAGUGGUCAUAAACUACCAAAGUCUUCUACUGUUUCUGAUAGCACAUACUGCUGCUAUGUUCGAUCUCAUCGCUGAAGAAAUGAAAGCUCUUAAUAUAUUAGAAGGCUUAGUAGACAAUGGAGUAAAAGAAAAACUUGCAUCAUUAAUAAAGCGUCACAUCCUCCUUCUACAUAUUGUGCAAUGCUUAAGAGAUCUGUACAGUCUACCUCUUGGCAUUGACUUUGCAGCAAAUGCAUACUGUAUGUGUCUUUUCUUCUCCCUUCCUCUAGAAGAUUGGAUUUCGUUUGCACCUGUUUUAGGCUACUGCUUUCUAGUAUUCUUUCUUUAUUGUUACCUUUGUCAAAAACUUGUCGAUGUUUCCGAAGUAUUCGAAGCGUCUGUGUAUGAUUGUGGCUGGGAGAACUAUGUUUUAAGCGAUAGAAGAAGUGUGCUCAUAGUGUUACUACAAGCUCAGCAGCCAGUUAUGAUAAAAGCAGGGAACAUAGUGCCAGUCAACAUCUACACAUUUGCUUCUGCAAUGCAAGGCAUUUAUAAAUUUGUAACCGCCCUCAAAUUUUAG